AUGGGAAGUGAGCACUCAAACUUUGAAGUAAUGACUAAGCAAGAAAACUAUCGAGACAUAUUUUCUUUUCCAACCCAACUUCCAUCUCUUGAUAUCAGUGAAUAUUCAGGACACUAUGCUAUCGAUUAUCAGUAUGAUUUCUCCAUUCAAGAUAACGCUUUUGAUGCUGCUAAUAAUCCUUUGAUGGAAUGUACUCUUGAAGAUCCAUUUUAUUCAUCUUUUUAUAACCUUACUCCAGGAGAGUUAUGCUAUGACGAAAUUGGAAAGGGAUUUAGAAUGUGGAAUGAAAUGAGCGGUGAAUUUGGAUUAAGUGCCGAAUUACUCGGGAGAACUGAGAACCGGGAAUUGUUGUUAUGUGACAAAAAUCAAGAAAAGAUAAUGACUAAUGAUCGUGUUGAGGAAAUUAUAACGGAAAAAGAGAAGCAAAGAGAGGAGAUUAAUAGUUCAAGAAUGUUGUCUCGAGAUACAAUUUCAAAGUACUUUUACAUGCCAAUAACUCAAGCAGCCAAGGAACUUAAUAUUGGGUUGACACUUUUGAAGAAAAGAUGUAGGGAUUUGGGAAUUCGAAGGUGGCCACAUAGGAAGUUGAUGAGUCUUCAAACACUAAUCAAGAAUGUUAAGGAAUUGGAGAGGGGGGGAGGAAAUGGUAUGGAGCAAAAGUUGAAGGAUGUGAUAAAUUUAUUAGAGGAAGAGAAGAAGAAGAUGGAAGAAAUUCCAGACAUGGAACUUGAGGAGAAAACAAAGAGAUUAAGGCAAGCUUGUUUCAAGGCUAACUACAAGAGGAGAAGGCUUAUGGGUAUGGCAAGUGCAUUGCGGAGCUUCUUUUGGUAA